AGGGUCUUGCAAUGGCAUUCUUGAUACACCUCUGGGCCUGAAAAAGGGAAGCAGGCGUAACUUUUCGCUCUUGCAUCAAGCUCUGUCGUGUUACCUCGGGUCCAUUUUGUACAGUGAGUGCUACUGAAGUCAUUGUGGUGACGCUCGCGAGACAGAAACUGUGCUUCUUGUGCGUCCCUGUUUUUCUUCACCAUCUCAGCAGCUUGGUUAAAGCAGCAGGAAUGGCAAGCACUGGCGAACGGCCACGGCCAAGCGGAGUUCCUAGCCCAUCUGCGGGUGCUCUCGGUUCUUCACCAACAAAGUCAGCAGGCCACUCUCUGCCUGGGCCAACGUACAGACCAGCACUCAGCGGUGUGCAGACAGCUCAUGGUGUGGCACCAGCUUCAAGCGUACCGCCAGGGCUUCGAAUGCCAGGACCACGUGGCAUGCUAAGGUCUCCCAGUACGCAGGGGCUGCCUUUCUUACCUGUGGCUCCAGCAUCUCCGAAGACAGACUUCAAGCACAGGGCGCUAGCGCAGCGGGAGGCAGAAAGCCUACUAAAAAGGUACCCUGGUAACACGGUACUCACAAUCUUGAGAGAGGUUGCAAAGCAAGGAUCGUCAAAGAUAAACUGGGUGGCCAUCCACCAGAGGAUAGGGGCUGCUAUCAAAGGUCCCAGGGAGGCGCAGGCAAUCUGGAGGUGUCUGGCCUACGGCCAUGCCAUCCCAGAAAACUUGGCACCGGGUGUAGAGCCCCUGGAUGAUGAUAGUGACAUUGACGAAACGGACGUCACCAAACCGAGCACGCCGGGAAUCAGCCUUGCAAUGCAAAUGGACGCCACUGCCUGGGUCAAGAAUGAUCUGCGGCGCAUCGGCCUCGAGGUAGCUGCAACUGGAGCUCUCAGGCGGCGCCUGACAUUGCCAUCUCCUGCGGCCAGGCCAAGCAACUCUGCCCCCCUGGGGACGGGGAUGCGGCCAGGAGGCGUGUCUCCAGUUGGAUCAAGUCUGCUGGGGCAGAAGCGUCCCUCGCACAUUUUGACACAAACCAGUUCUGGUUCAAGGCCUGGCUCCCCUGGCUUCUCAGGCACUACACGGCUAUCCCCCCUCUCCUCCCAGUACUCCCCUCACGUAUCCCCACACGUCCCUCAAAACCCCUCUCCUCUGGGGCCAAACAAGAGGCGGCACCUAUGGUCAGAAGAGGAAGAUAAGACCCUGCUCGAAGCCGUCCAAAAACACGGCGAGGGCCACUGGGAGGAGAUCUUGCGCCAGUACUUCGGCUCCGACCGCACCGCCGCGCAGCUGAUGCAGCGCUGGGCGCUCAUCCGCAAGCGGCCCGCGACACACCCCCCCGAGGCAGAAACCCCGACAGCUGCAGACAACUCCGGCAGGGAGGCGGGCCGCAUCACGCGGUCCACAGACAGUAGGCUGAGGCACGGGGGGGCGUGGGGACAGUCCAGGGGCUAGACGAUCCGGCGGGGGUGAAUAAGCCGUUGCGACUUCCUCGAAACUGCUCAUAGAAAUCCGGUCGAGCUCAUAUGAGUGACGGCCGACCUGUUAGCUUUAUAAGAUCUGCAAAGCACAUGCUGUAAGAGCAGCGGCUCUGUAGCAUGCUCGUAGCUCCAAAUUUUAAUCGAAGGAGGGGGGAUCUCGAUCUUGCCGUCUGGUUUACGCUAAAGCCAGAAGCCGGAGCUCCGAGGGGAAAGCCAGACCGGGACGACUUCACGUGCAGUACUGCCUUGUAAAGGUGUCUUGAGGAAGUGAGACCCGUACCUGGCUCGCAAGGCGGCAGUCUAGGACGUAGUGCGUCAGCAGCUCGACUUUGACGGAAAAAGGUGCAGAACCUCUAUAAGGGGAUCAGAGUUCCAGCAGGUGAAAACACCCACAAACGUGUCGUUCGACAGAGGAGUUCGUCAUCACGGGCGCCUGCUACUUACGUGUCCUUUUAAUGGCAGAUAUCAUGCUGCAAGUAGUUCCCAACAGAAGUGGGAUGCUGGACGGUUUGGACAAAAGCUGUUGGCAUGACUGUACUGCACAGAUCGUCCUUGCCGUCGGCGCUAGGCCAAGCACCUUGAUGUCUGACGUAACGUACCGAGUGCGCACCUCACUUUGCUGAUCGUGCUCUUUGCAGGCUGGCCCGUAGACAGAUACUUGUCUCCAGAAAGCUACUACUUGCUAGCGACCCCAGCAUGGGGCCGUUCAAGAUCGCAUAUCGUUCUUCUAGUCAUGUACUUCAUAAGAGACAUUAUUGCAGGUCCACUUUGGGCUAAAUAGGGCUUAAGGCCUACAGUGUUCCUACGGUUGUGAACUUUUCCUCCAAUAGAGUUGACAUUUCAAAGCUCGUCACCAACUAAUCAUGCUCCAGCAGCGAUGAAAAACAAAAAUGAAAUCGGUCCAAAUGCGCAUGGCUUGUAAUCACUCUUCCCAGC